AACAGUUCAACUGGAAUUUCAGUCAUUAACAAAACAUGUAAGAUGGCUUUUCACAACAAAAAUCAGCGUAUCGCUAUCGGAUUUUACGCUGUGGCUGCCCUAUUCAUCUUCAUUGCAUUCGUAUCGCCGUACUGGCUGCAAGCGGAUGGAAAGCUAGCGCAUCCAAAAUUUCUAAACUUAGGCCUAUGGGAAGUGUGUCUGAACAAUUUCCAAGACAUUCAUCGGUUCUAUGACACCCGAUUUACCGGUUGUAUGUGGGUGUUCGAGGAGGAGUACUACAUCAUUCACGAUUUCCUUCUGCCUGGAUUCUACAUAGCAACCCAAUUCUUCUUCACGUUAUGUUUCACGCUAUUGCUAGCUUCCGCGCUAAUGACCAUUGCGUUCAUUGGAGUUGAUCGAGACGAUGACCGAUACAUUAUGAUUUUGUUGACGAAUGGUGCGACGCAGAUUUUGUCGUCCAUUUGCGGUCUUAUCAGCGUUAUAACCUUCGGUGCUCGAGGUGAUGGUCGCGAUUGGAUGCCGAAUUGGGAGCACAACGACAUGGGAUGGGCAUUCGCUUUGGCUUGCGUGGGAGUGUUGUUGCUGGCACCCAGUGGUGUGCUGGUUAUGGUGGAAGCGAGACGUGAACGAUACAAGCGACUCAAUGAAAUCGGCACUCGGGAAGCGAGUGCUUACAGUAUCAGUGACGAUGCGAGGAAACAUCGUGGAAGUGACACCGUAAUUUAAGUGAAAUGACGAUCUGGAGACCAAUGUUGUUCUAGUGAUCAUAAAUUCCAUCCAUUUUUUUAUCGUUAGAAAUUUAAGUUGCAAACAAUUCCUUCCAUUCACCGUCGAAUGAAAUUAAUUUUAAGUGCGGGGACUCGGUGAGUAUCCGAACCGAUUAAAAAACGAGACGAAAUCUUCAAUAAAAUGUUAACUCUACUUAAAGAGCCAUAAAGUGAAUUUUUACACAAA